AUGGCUUCUCUAUUGGAGUCGAAGCUCCUUCCUCUUCACCUGGCAUACUUCUUCCUCUUCUCCAUGAUCGGCAGCGGCAUACUGUACGCUACGUCGACGCAGAUCGUGAAUCUGCCAUACGUUGAUGCACUGUUUAUGAGUGUCAGUGCUAUGACUGGAGCCGGUCUUAGUGUGGUCGAUCCCUCGGUAUUAGGGACACUGCCCCAAAUCACCAUCUUCAUUCUGUUCAUUCUCGGCCAUUCGAUACCUAUCAAUGGGGUCAUCACGCUUCUACGUGCUCUGUCUCUUCGCAAAAGACUGAUCAGGGGUCAAGAGGCGACAGAGAAGGGUCAUAUUGAUUGCCAAGAAUCACUACCCGAGAAGCACAUGAUACCCACCGAAAUCUGCAGCAUUGUAAACCCGGCAAAAAGUCUAAGUCCAUUGAAAACAAAUGUCACCGACAGAGAGAUACCAGCAGACGGUCCCUCUCCGGUUGGGAGCGAAGACAUGCGGCACAGUCGUGGCCCUCUCAUAUUUACUUUUGCGCGUUCUCCGAGUCGGGUAUCUGCGGGCCCUACGGCGACAAGAGAAAGACCCAAACUCGCCAAAUUGGGUUCAGUGCUUGCGAUGGCCGGGCCCAAGAUCGACAGCCUCAUGGCUCACAAAGACCACGUUGGGACCUUGAAUACUACUAGUAAAGAAGACUGGACUGAAUACAGAGCGCUCAUGAUAAUCUCGGUCUCGACUUUGAGCUACGCGGUGAUAUGUCCUUUGAUCGGCAUUCUCAGUGUGGGUUUUUGGUUCCAGAUGUGCCGACCAGAUGUCCCACGAGAGGAUGGAGUUGCUCCUUUUUGGGCCGGAGCCUUUCUCGUUAUGUCCUCAUUCGCCAAUAAUGGCAUGUCUUUGGUGAAUAGGAACAUGGAGCCGUUUCAAAGAGAGUGGGGCGGCUCCGCUUCUAAUUUGUGGAAUUCUGAUUCUCGCUGGAAACACACUCUUCCCAUGUCUUUUACGAUUGGUCAUCUGGACGAGCAGACGGAUGAUCCCCUUGACCCCCAAAUGGGCAAUAUGGCGCCAAACUUUCGACCUGGUUCUCACCCAACCUCAAAAUGUAACCUCUGUGGAUUUCUUUAUCCAGCAGGACACACCUGGUUUCUCGUCGGUACGGUCGUAUUGCUAAAUGUCAUCAUGUGGGGUGGGUUCGAGUUGGCUGCGCUUCGGGAUCUUGAAAUCGGAACGCUUCCUCCAAAGUUCCGAGUUCUAGAUGGGCUAUUCCAGGCUUUCGCUAUCCGGGGUGGCGGAUUCGCGGUCGUGGCCAUUGAUAAACUCCCACAAGCAUUACUCGUGAUCUAUGCUAUUAUGAUGUAUCUCUCUGCCCUUCCGACAUGUGCAGCUUUCAAGGACACCUUUUCGCCUCAAAUUUCCGAAGCUGGCAAUGCCUCUUGUCUCGAGGCUGGUGUGGCGGGUUUCAGGAAUGAAACCCGCCAUGGUGCUGAGUCCAUGCUAUGCCGCAGCACCUUUUAUUACGAGCGUCUGCGUAGCCACCUGAGCCGAGACAUGUGGUGGCUCAGCUUUGCCGUCAUCAUCAUCUGCGUGGCCGAGUCGCGAAAGUUUAUUGAUUUCCCGUUGGCCUUCUCCACAUUCAACAUCAUCUUUGAAGUUGUCUCUGCUUACAGCUUCGUCGGUGUGAGUGUGGGAUAUCCCGGCAAGACGUAUGCGUUUUGUGGAGAAUGGACUUCGUUCAGCAAACUCCUGUUGAUUAUGAUCUCGGUUGUUGGUCGACAUCGUGACGUGCCGAACAUGAUCAUGAAAAAACCUCGGUUCGUUAACAUUGAUCAAACAGUCCACAGGCAAACGAUAGCGCCAGGAUGCGAUCUCGAAUUGGUGCCUGCACACGCUCGUCUGGAUUGA